CAGACACAACACAUUCAGGUUAUACAUGGACUCAGCUAAUCCACAAGAAAAAUCAAAUUAGAAAAGCAUAUUAGAAUAUAUUACUUGGCAGAGAAUGACAUGAGUGACACAAAGCAGAUUUCCAAAACCCGUGUAGCUGUCAGUGCAGGAACCAAGAAUGACUGGGAAACCUGGAUUGCAGCUAAUGGUGCAUCUGCCUUCCAGUCCAAGCAUAUGAACACGUGGCUCAGAGAGCAAAUUAACUGUCUCAUCAAUGAAGGGAAUAGCAUCAAGGCAAAUAUUUGGGAUUUGCAAGAAGCUAUGAAGAACAUGAAAGCUGAGCUCAGAAGGAUAAAGCAAGUUGAAGAGAAAAUAACAUUCUUAGAAACUCAGAUUGAAGCAGCCAAGAAAAAUCAGGAGGAGGAAAGAAUAGCAGCGUCUUUCGAGGAACAGUACCUUGAAAAGCUGGAGAAGGACACUGAAAAUUUGCAUUUGAGAAUCUUCAUGCUCUCUGAGAAGAGUUCAGCUUUGACAGCAUCCAAGAAGAUCAAUCAGCGAAGUUACCUGCAGCUCUGUUGUCAUGUCAGUAAACUACAGAGAGAGCUCCAAGAAUGCAACCUGACUUGUGCUGAGGAAGAUGAAGUUUUUACAAAGAUGAAACACCAAAUCAGGGAGCUUGAAGAGUAUAUGCAAGAAUAUCAAGUAAAAAUAGAGGUUCUCCAGGACAGAGAGAAAGCUCUGCAGGAUGAACUGUCAGCUGUUAUGAAAAAAAGGGCCGGACAGCAGACCAAGUUUCCAGGCAAGUUUUUGAACCUCCACCCCAAGAGCUUGAUGUAUGAAAUAGCCAGGGCUGAACUGGAAUUGAAAAUGCAAAGGGAAGGAAAAUCUGUGAAGAAGCAGGUUUGUGGUGGUAGGGUGAAGAUAGCCUGGAUCUUCAUCAUCUUGUGGCACUUUGCAGGCAUCCUGCUGGUGAUUCUCCUACUGGUGAUUCUAGUUGCCUUCUACAUUAUUGGCAUCUGCCUCUCAAAUCACACCAUGACAGAGGCAUACCAGCGGCCCAUGUGGCAGUUCCUGGACUAUUAUUUCCAACCAUAUAUCCAACUAUAUAGUAAUGGCAUCUUACCAAAGUGAUCCCAGGGACUGAAAGAAGCUGCCCACUAGAAAA